AUGAUUUUGCAGAUAAAGCAUCGAGCCGAACUUUUCUUCAUCAACACAGAUCCAGUUCUGGAGUACAGCACCGCUCUACCGCCGCAUGUUAUUCCUGUGGGUGGUCUCCAUAUUGACGAUGCUAAGCCAUUAUUCCAUCCGUGGAAUGAAACAAUCGAGGCGGCAACAAAAGGAAAUAUUAUUGUAUCGUUGGGCAAUCUCGCAAACCCAGCCGGAAUGAAACCGAAGCAGGCUCGGUCAAUGUUGAAAGCUUUGUCACGUUUAAGCGAUUACCAUAUUUACUGGUCAGUUGGACCGAAGCUUCGUCUAUCAGAUAUCAACGAGAAAGACGUUCCCAAACAUAUCAGCCUUAUGGCCUAUGUACCUCAAAACGAUUUACUCGCUCAGAAGAGAACGCGCCUGCUAAUAACAAAUGGAGGCAUAAGCAGUAUUUUGGAAGCACUGACCCAUGGCGUGCCCAUCGUUGGAAUACCGUUGUUUGGAGCAAAUAAGCACAACCUCAACAAAGUUGUCCAUAAGGGAUUCGGAGUGCUGGUCGAGAAACAUCAGCUUACGGAAGAAACCUUAUUCAGUGCUAUCAAAGAAAUACUUAACAAUCCUUGGUAUGAAAAGCGCGCCAAAAGCAUCAAGAAAUUAUGGCAGCACUCAAAGCGAACACGUCUAGCGGAUGCUAUUCGGUGGAUUGAAUAUGUUGCAGGGAAGCAUGCAUCGAAGCUCAGCAAAUCAAUGGUACCAAACCGGUCUCUAGUACAUCUCACAAACAUUGAUGUUUUUGGCAUUUCAGUGCUACUUUUAAUAUUUCCGUUGUUUUUUUCCUAUACAGCCUUUCUGGUAAUUCAUUUUAAGAGAUUACAGUGUGGUAAAAAAUGA